AUGAACGUGGCCGAGACAUGGACCUUGCUGUCUGAGUUUCUGAGUUGGCAGACGGCUCCUGAGAACUUCCAGAGGGAUGCGAUAUUCAGCGGAACGAUCGAAAAAAAGAAGCUUUUGGCCGACAAUGGCUUUGAGAACUGCAGACUGCAAUCGUACUUGCACCGCAUCCCGGCUUUCACAGACUUGUCCUUGCGUUUGUACAAUCUCCAGUGCCUUCCAGAGGAGUGGGCCUCGCGCCCCAAGCGCAUCGUGACCUUCGGCGAAGCCAUGCUUCGCUUCCAGCCCAUCCAAUCUGGCUCCCUGGGCCCAGCGCCGCACUCUCCGCAGCCCUUCCUGCGCUCCGUAGGAGGUGAUGAGUUGAACGUCGCGGUCGCCCUCUCGCUGAUUGGAGUAUCGACUGCCUGGAUCAGCGUGAUCCCCAGAGGGCCCAUGGGCGACAUUUUGGCUGCUGCCUGUGACGCCCAUGGGGUCGAAUUCCGCGGUCGGCGCUGUGAGGGCGACGUAGGUAUCUUUACCAUCCUGCCAGAGCAGAAGACAGUGCACUAUCAGCGAAGACACUCCGUUUUUGCCCAGCAGGUGCCAGAAGAGUUAGACUGGCAAGCUCUCCUCUCUGAUGCCUCCUGGCUUCACUUGACCGGUAUCACUCCGCUCGUCAGUGCAGCCGCUCGCCAGAGUUGGGCCAGCGCGGCUCACGUGGCAGAGCAGCGUGGCGUGCCGAUUUCUCUGGAUCUCAACCAUCGGCCACAGCUCGGCACAUUGCAAGAGCUGUGGGCCGUCGUUUCGCCCUUCUGCCACUUGCUGGAGGUCCUGAUCCUCUCUGUGGAUCAGCUCCAUGGGCUGGCUGAGAUGCAACUCAAGGACUACCGGCGUGAAGAUGCAGACGAGCAAUAUGUCUCCACGAUGAUAAGCCUGCAGCAGCUGUGGAAGUGCAAGCGCCUGGCUUUGUGUCGGAAGGAGUCGGACAGCUGUGAUGUUCAGCAGCGGUGGAGCAUCGUCACAGAGAUGUCAGGCUCCGGUGUGGCGAUGCCAACGAGCACAAGGGAUACCCCUGUGUGGCACUCCCCGAAGGAUCCUUGCGGCGGAGGCAGCGCCUGGGCAGCCGGCUUGCUAAAUGCUCUGCACUGCGAGGCUCUUCCACUGCCCAAAGCCAUGCGCCGAGCAGACUUGCUUUCGGCACUCUGCCAGGAGUCCGAAGGAGAUUUCUCCCAGGUCACCUCAGAAGAGCUCUGUGCCGCCGAAGCCCAGUUCGACGGUAGGGCGGCGAAGCUACCGUCGACCCUGGCUGUGCCAAGGGAGCCCGGUGGGAUGGCAGGGGCUCAGACGCCAGUGGAGGCCACUCUUGCGGCGCUGAAGAAGGCGCGCGUCCUGGCCAUCCUCCGCUGUCGGGGUUCCCCAGAUGUGGCUGUGGAGCGAGGAUUCGAGUUGGCUUCCCUGGGAUGCAAGGCGAUGGAGGUGACUCUGGACAGCACCGACUGGCUCGAGGUCCUAGGCAAACUCCGCCGACGGCUGCCAGCUGACGUGCUCUUGGGGGUGGGCACGGUUAUGGACGAGUCAGUCAGCCAGAUCGUUAGUGCGAAAGCUGCCGGCGCCUCCUUCGCUUUGUCCCCGAUCGAUCCGACCGGAUUUGUGGAGGAGUGCCAUCGGCAUGGCCUUCUGGCCAUCCCAUCGGCCUUCACAAGCAACGAAUGCUGGGCCCUCCACCGGCGAGGCACACGACUCAUCAAGCUCUUCCCGGCAGGCUUGCUAUCGCCAGCAAUCCUGAAGUCGAUGCUGGACAUUACUCCGUUGGGCGAGAACCUGAACAUCCUCCCCUCCGGCAGCGUGACCCCCGAGAAUGGGCAACAAUGGCUGGAGGCCGGCGCAGCAGUGAUUGGCAUGGGGAGCAACCUCGUGGGCAAGGACGUGUCAUACGCGCCGGGCACGCCGGAGUUUACGAAAGCCCGAGCUGACUGGACCACGAAAGGCCGCGCCACGGCAGAGAACUUGUUCAAAGAGCUGCUUGCAGACUGA